GAAUGAUGGGUAUGGAGUGCCAUGUCCUGCUGAGGGACAAAGGGUAAGCAUGCCCUCAAAGUCAGCCAGCUGCUGGGGAGGAAGGAGACUCGGACCACACUUUUACAUCCCCAGAGUGACGGUUUAGUGGAGCACUGGCCACUCAGUUGGCUAUUCUGACUACAGAGCAUCAGCAAGACUGAGGAAGCCUACUGUGGGCCUACUGCUGAGCAGUUCAGGAGGUUGCACCCGGCAGCACUGAUGAUAAGGAGAAAUCUCUGCACGUCUGUAGACUUGUAACUUAGUUUUAGAGCCAGAAACCUCUCGACUGCCUGGACUGGAGUACUUCUCCAAGCUGCCUGAAAGACAUUUGUUUUGCUAGUCCACGAGCUAGCUCAUUGUACUCUGCUAGUAUACUUUACCACACCUCCGACCGGUAGAGGGCAGCCUUAAGCGCACAACAGCAGUAGUGUUUAACCCCGAAGGAAAACACACGCUGUGUGACACUUGCUUAUUUGCGUGUGUUUUAAACAAUGUGAGGUUGUUGUUUUACUUCAUUCAGUUGGUAAACAAAAAGGAGUUAAUGUCGUAAAAACAGCUAGUGUAAUGGCUUCGCCAGUUGCACGCCUUUUUAGUAAACUAGACGGUUUGUUUGCUGUGUACAAACCUCAAGGAGUUCACUGGAAACUUGUCCGGGACUCGAUAGAGACAAACCUUCUGAAAGCGGUUAACUCGUGUCCUGCAGCCCCCCCGCGCUCUAAGGUCCACUUCCAGCUUUUACCGAGUGGAGAAUGCAGCAGCUCCAGCCAGCUCACUGUCACCAAGUCCAAUCUGCCUGCUCUGGCUGAUCAUCCUCUGGUGACAGGACCAAGGUUUCAUAAGAUCCGUGUUGGAGUUGGCCAUCGAUUGGAUGCAUUUUCCUCCGGAGUAUUAGUUCUGGGUGUGGGGAAUGGAAACACUGCCUUGGAGAGUCUGUACAGAUCACAUGUGACCAGGGAAUACACACUGGAGGGGGAGUUUGGAAGGGCUACAGAUGAUUUCACUGACACUGGACGAGUUAUAGAGCGAAGCACAUUCGAUCACAUUACUAACGACAAGCUAGAGAGAGUGUUGGCCAUGAUCCAGGGAGCCAAUCAGAAAGCUUUAAUAGCGUACUCUCAGGUGGACCUGAGCACUCAGGAGGCUUAUGAGCUGGCAGUGAAGGGGCUGUUGCGCCCACAGGAUAAAAGUCCUCCCAUUUUAACUGGUUUACGAUGUCUCAGCUUUAAACCACCUCAAUUCACGCUGGAGGUUCAGUGCGUGAAUGAAACUCAGCAGUUCCUUCGGAAACUGGUGCAUGAGGUGGGGUUGGAACUGCGUACCAAUGCAGUCUGCACCAAGGUGCGUCGCACACGGGAUGGUCCUUUUAAAAUGGAGGAUGCUCUUACUCACCACCACUGGACUGCUGAUGAUAUUAUACCAGCUAUUGCUAACUUUCGCCGUACUACCCGGAAAAUCCGGAAGAAUGACAUUUACAGGCAAGUCGAGCAGUCAGACUCCACCACACAGACUCAAGACCAAACAAGGACUAGUACUCGUCAGUUAGAGUCUGUUAGCCAAGAGAAAGCAGGAUCACUGAAUCCUUCUUCAGAAAUGUCUGUUGACUCCAGGCAAUUCUAAUGUCCUUUAAUACUGAAGGUGGAUUAAGACCCAGUUAUUCCAUGGUGGAGAUCUGUGUUCUGACUAUUUGUUAAACGAACCUUCAAUAUAUUUAUUGUUGUAUAUUGUUAUAUAAGAGGGUGAGUCAGAUGAAAAUCGUGCAACAUUUAAAAAAAAAAAAAAAAAAAAAAAAAAAAACCUGGAAUAAUUUUUUUUCUCGAGCAAACCGAAGAGCUGGAACACUUGCAUUGAACGAAAUGGAGAUUAUGUAGAAGAAUGUUACACUUUUGUGCCACUAUUUACAAUACACAAUGCAAAAUAAAAAGGAAUAACAUUCGUUUGACUCAUAUUAUGUAGGAAAGACCUGAAAUGCUGACCAUUAUUUUUUUUUUUCCAGUCACAUUUGAUGAUUUUUUUUUCUUGUCUUGUAACUUUACACUUAAACCAUUCAGAUCUAUUGAAUGGUCUACCUGCAGUUGAAGAUAAGUUUAGGCCUGUAUACUUGCGCUCCCUGCCUGUGGUUUAUGUACAGUAUGGAUGUUCUUUCCUGUGUGUGUCAUCUUACUGUGUGUUGUAUUAAUGAGAUAAGAUAAACAAGACAUUUGUUGACAGUGAAAGUGUUUGGUCUGUGAUGGUUCUCUUGACAUUUUAAACAUUAAAAUAGUUAAUUAUUAAAA